AACUCUCACCCAUGACACCAUUUAUUCCCCUUUAUUUAAAAAAUUAAAAAAAAAAUUCUGAACCUUUUUACCUCUCCACCUCCGCAACCCCACCAAUGGUGAAGCCAAGCCAGUAGCCACACUCACUGACAGUUAGAGGAGCUUCAAGCCAACAAGCCAAAUGUACCCACUCUGGCUUUAUGUUCAAGUUUUUUUUUUUUUUUUGAAAGUUUCUAACACCAAAUACAAGCUCUAAAUGUUGUAGAAUACCAAAUUUAUAAAGUACCUAAACGAAGUGUUUUAAGCCACCACCGUCUCUCUGCCAUUUUCAUUUGCCCAUUUUGCUUACCUCUCUCUCUCUCAGCCCCUGAAAUAGAGGACGCAGAGUCACUACAGAGAAGUUUAAUGUCCCCCCACCGGCUCUAAACAUCUCUCUCUCUCUCUCCAUCGCUCUUUUUUCAAGACCGAACCUUAUUGUAGGGUCAUCGACUGCCUCUGCUCAGAGACUCAGAACCAUUUGUUUGCUCCCAACGUCUCCGUGUUUUGCUUGGAAACACCCAAACGAAAGAACAGAGCAGAAAUCUUUUGUAGUGCUCUUGUAAUUCACUACCUACGUUUUAGCUGCCUCUGUUUCCCAGAUCUGCUAGCAACACGCUCUGUCUCCAUUCUUGUACCCUUCUGUUUGUACCAUUUGAGUUGAAGCUAUGAGUAAAGAAGAUUUUUUGAAGAUCCAGAAAUCUGUCCUCAAAGUGAACAUCCACUGUGAUGGAUGUAAGCAGAAAGUGAAGAAGAUCUUGCAAAAAAUUGAUGGCGUUUACACCACAGAAAUAGAUGCGGAGCACGGGAAGGUGACAGUCACUGGAAAUGUAGACCCAGCCGUGCUCAUCAAGAAGCUUGUGAAGUCAGGAAAACAUGCAGAGCUCUGGGGUGCUCCAAAGGCCAACAACAAAGGUCAGAAGGGUGGUAACAACCAGCCCAAAGGUGGACAACCGAACCCACAGCAGCAGCAGCAGCUGCAACAUCUGCAGCAACAGCAACAUCUGCAGCAACAGCAACAUCUGCAGCAACAGCAACAUCUGCAGCAACUGCAACAGCUCCAGCAGCUGCAGCAACAACUUCAGCAGAUGAAAGAGUUACAAGGUCUGAAGCUGCCCCAAUUCAAGGACAUGAAAAUGCCCAAGGACCAGAACGCAAACCAAAAGGCAGUGAGGUUCGACUUGCCAGACGAUGAUGACGAGUAUGAUGAUGAAUUUGAUGAAUAUGAUGAUGAUGAUGUUUAUGAUGAUGACGAAUUUGAGGAUGAAAUGGACGAUCCACACCAUCCCCUUAAUAAGAUGAAUGCUAUGAUGAACAGAAAUAACCCACAGCUCAUGAAUGCCCAGAAGGGAGGAAAUGGUGGUGGUGGUGGUGGCAGUAAUGGCAAAAAAGGUGGUGGUGGAGCUUUGCCUGUUCAGAUAAAUGGUGGAAACAAUGAUGGCAAACAUGGAAAUGGAGGAAAGAAGGGCGGUGGCGGUGGAGGUAACAAUCAAAAUCAAGGCGGUGGGGGUGGUAAAAAUGGGGGUAAAAAUGGAGGUGGCGUACCCUCGGAUGCUAAAAAUCCAGACGGUGGUGGGGCAGGUAACAAGAGUGGCCACAAUGGUGCUAAUGGAAACAACAGUAAUGUCAAUGGGGGCAAAAAGAAUGAUGGGGUUCAUCCCAUGAACCCUCAUGGGAUGCACAUGGGUGGCCCUCAUGGUUUGGUCGGAGGAAACGCGGGUCAUAUGGGCGGCAUGAACAUGCCAUUGGGCCAAAUGGGCAACAUGCCGAUGGGCCAAAUGGGUAACAUCCCGGCCGUUCAAGGCCUUCCGGCGACCGCCAUGAACGGCGGUGGAGGCGGGUAUUUCCAGGGGGCUGGACCUGAGGCGAUGCCUGGCAACCCAUACCACCACCAGCAAUACCUGGCGGCAAUGUUGCAGCAUCAGCAACAACAACAGCGCGCCGCAAUGGCGAACGAAAGGUUCCAACACAUGAUGUAUGCCAGGCCCCCUCCGGCGGUCAAUUAUAUGCCUCCAUACAACCCCUACCCGCCUCCACCCGAUCCAUACGCCCACGCUUUUAGUGAUGCUUUUAGUGAUGAGAACACAUCGGGUUGUAAUGUCAUGUGAAUCUGGCCGUAGAUGUUGCUGCUGUGGGUUAAUUUGCUCAGGUUUCUGACGGUGGGUGGCAAUGGCGAAUCAGAUGAUAGUUUGCGAGCAGUGCAAGUUCUUUAUGCCUAAUAUUAUAUACUUGGAAAUGGGUUUCUUCGAUUUUUAGUUUAAUAUCUCCAUUUCUAUUUUACCCCCUUUAAUUUCCUUCAAUCCCAAGUUGAAUUCGGGCUCUAUCUAAUCAUCAUAGGGAGUAUUUAUAGAUAGAUCAUAUAUGUUAUAUAUUAAAAGCUUUUAGGGGCAGAAGAAUGAAAUUUAAGCUUGGGGGGAUGGUGGUGCAUCUUGUGAGUUUUGGGCUUUUCUUUUAUGGGAAUGUUUAUAUGUGUUUAUAUUUUGCAAACAAAAAUAAGAUCGAAAAAAAGUAGAGAAGAAUGGCAGCAACAGAAAAAGCCAAUCUCUCUCCCCGUUUCUUCCCCCAAA